AUAUUUUCACUUACUUGGAGAAGGCUCUAUAAUGAUCUUCAAUAAGCUAAAUUAGAAAAUUUCCAAAUAAUAAAACCCAAACAAACCUGAUGAUGGAUUCAGCCGACACACCAGAUUCCGGCCACCGCCCACCGCCGCCACCUCCCCGUACUCUUCUUUUCAUCUCAAAAUUCAAACCCUUUUACUUACUAUCAAUCUUGAUACUCAUUUUAGCAAUUUCAUUCACUAUUAGCCAAACAGAUCACUACAAAAAACUCUUUCUCAGAUUAACCCUCUCACCAAACACCACUUUCCUUCAAAAAAUCCUACAUUUAGUUCAUCCAACAACCUUAAACAUCCAUAAACAAAUUUCAAGAAACCCCAUUUACACAACCCCUUAUUGUGUUCUAUGGAUGGCACCAUUUCUUUCAGGUGGUGGUUACAGUUCAGAAGCUUGGUCAUACAUAUUAGCUUUAAAUAAGAAAAAAGAUUCAAUCUUUAAAUUGAAAAUUGAGCAACAUGGGGAUCUUGAAAAUGUUGAGUUUUGGGAAGGUUUACCAUUAGAAAUGAGAAAUUUGGCUAUUAAGCUUCACCAAACACAAUGUAGAUUAAAUGAAACUGUUGUUAUUUGUCAUAGUGAACCUGGUGCUUGGUAUCCUCCAUUAUUUGAGACACUUCCAUGUCCACCAAUAGGUUAUGGUCAUUUUAAGGCUGUAAUUGGAAGGACUAUGUUUGAGACUGAUAGAGUUAAUGAUGAACAUGUGAAAAGGUGUAAUCUUUUGGAUUUUGUUUGGGUUCCUACUGAUUUUCAUGUGAAAACUUUUAGUGAAAGUGGGGUUGAUCCAUUGAAGAUUGUCAAGAUUGUUCAGCCUGUUGAUCUUGAGUUUUUCGAUCCGGUUAAAUAUGAGCCGUUAGAACUUGGAUCAAUAGGGAAUUUAGUAAUGGGGUCACCUUCAAAUGUGAUGAAGUUUGUUUUCUUGAGUAUUUUCAAGUGGGAGUAUAGGAAAGGAUGGGAUGUUUUGUUGAAGUCUUACUUGAAGGAAUUUUCUGGAGGUGAUGAUGUUGCUUUGUAUCUGUUAACGAAUCCAUAUCAUUCCGAUAGAGAUUUUGGCAACAAGAUUGUUGAAUAUGUCGAGAAUUCGGAUUUGGAAGAACCGAAAGAUGGUUGGGGUCGAGUGUUUGUAAUUGACGAACACAUAGCUCAGGUUGAUAUGCCCAGGCUAUACAAAGCUGCUAAUGCAUUUGUUUUGCCGUCUAGAGGUGAAGGUUGGGGUAGGCCUAUUGUGGAGGCAAUGGCAAUGACUUUGCCGGUGAUUGCUACAAAUUGGUCGGGUCCAACUGAAUUCAUGACAGAAGAGAAUAGUUACCCGUUGUCUGUUGAUAGAAUGAGUGAAGUUACAGAAGGGCCGUUUAAGGGGCAUUUAUGGGCUGAACCUUCUGUUGAUAAGCUGCAAAUGCUAAUGAGGCAUGUAAUGAGAAAUCAUGACGAAGCUAAGGGAAAAGGUAAGCAGGCAAGGUAUGAUAUGAUGAGUAGGUUUUCUCCUGAGGUUGUUACAGGGAUCGUCAGUGACCAUAUCGAACGCAUUAUUGAUCAUACACAAUGAUUGUUAUGUUCUCUUUUGGACCGAGAAGAGGAGAUUGUACAUUUUACUGCAGGGAUGGAGAUGUGACAAAGAUCUGGAAGCUGAUGAAUCCAAUUUCGGAGUGAAAAGAGGUUCUAAAAGGGGAUAAUGCAUUGGAAGGUAUCCUGAGAAUCAAUUAACUGGAUGGCCUUAUCAACACUCUACACUCUUAUAUGUUCUUAAAUGGAGUUGCAGUUAGAUAAGUAUACAUUCCCUUGCUAAAACCAGAAUUGUGUUGGUAUCCAGUUAUGUUCUUGUGAUGAAUAUCAACAACAAAUGUCUAUUUUAAAGCUUAGAAUCACAUCAACCUUGUUAUGCUAUGGAUUGUUGGUUUGGAGUAUCAA